UCGGCAGUUUGAAACAGCAGAAUCCCACGUAAGCUCUCUAAGUUAAUAUAUAUGUACCGUAAACCUAUGGAAGGCUUAUCUUUAGGAGUUAGGAAAGGUGCAUGGACUGAAGAAGAGGACAUUCUUCUCAAGAAAUGCAUUGAAAAAUAUGGAGAAGGAAAAUGGCAUCAAGUUCCUUCUAAAGCAGGCUUGAAUCGAUGCCGGAAAAGCUGUAGACUGAGGUGGUUGAAUUAUCUCAAGCCAAACAUCAAGAGAGGAGAUUUUGCAGCUGAUGAAGUUGAUCUCAUCAUACGUCUCCAUAAGCUCCUAGGUAACAGAUGGUCACUAAUUGCUGGUAGGCUUCCUGGAAGAACAGCAAACGAUGUGAAAAACUACUGGAACACUCACUUGCUGAAAAAAUUCAAUCCUUCCAAACAAAAAGCACGUGAUGAUGAUCAAAAUCCAUCAAACCCUAAUAAUAUUGUUAUAAAGCCUCGGCCUCGGACCUUAUCAAAGAAAAGUUUCCCAGUGCAGUUGGGAGGAACAAACAUCAACGACAACAACAGCGAGGCAGCAACUGCAAGUCACAAUUUGUUAGCUGACGCUGACAACAGUUACUAUAUCCCUGCUGACAAUGAUCAAAUUAUAUGGUGGGAAAAUUUGCUAAUAAAUGACAAUGACGCAGUUGACGUUCAGCACGCGGCAGCUUCCUUUAAUAAUAGCAACACUAAAAGCGGAACGGGAGACCAGACCGUCUUAAACAGUAUAGAUAAGUAUGAAGAAAUUGGAGAGAGAACCAUGGUGGUUGAGGUAGGCAAUAAUUCUAGUUGGGAUGAACUUUUUCGUGAUGUGCAACUCUGGAAUGUGUUCAACCCAGAGCCAGAAGAUUAUGUAUAAUUAUUGCUACGCACUACCCCUACCUUAUGUUCCUUUAUUUAUUAGUAGUUGCUUUGUUUUCUUUAAGAGGUAAUAAGAAAAAAAAAGUUAUGUUGGUUUUAAAUGUAAUCAAUAAA